AUGACUACAAGAAAAACUUGUUGGAUAAAUAUCUUUUUCAUGAAAAUUCAACUUGAAUCGUUAACAGACAUCCACUACACAACGUUUUUUACAUUUCAAAACAACUGUUCACAACACAACAACAACUACCACAACACAACAAAAACUGCCCACAACAGAGAAGCAACUGCUUACAACACAACAACAACAACCACAACACAACAACAAUUGCCCAUAACACACCAACAGCUACCACAACACAUCAACAACUGCCACAUCACAGUAACAACUGCCACAUUACAGCAACAUCUGCCCACAACACAGCAACAACUGCCCCCAACACAGCAACAACAACCACAACAACAACUGCCCACAACACAGCAACAACUUCCACAACACAAAAACAACUGCCCACAACACAGCAAUUCUUGA